AUGAGUUAUAACAACCCAUACCAGUUGGAGACCCCUUUUGAAGAGUCGUACGAAUUGGACGAAGGUUCUAGUGCAGUAGGUGCAGAUGGACACGAUUUUGUGGGGUUCAUGAACAAGAUAGGUCAAAUCAACCGCGAUCUCGAUAAGUACGACCAUACUAUCAACCAAAUUGAUUCUUUGCACAAGAGACUGCUGACCGAGGUUAAUGAGGAGCAAGCAAGUCAUUUGAGACAUUCCUUAGACAACUUCGUUGCACAAGCCGCAGACUUGCAGUUUAAACUGAAAAACGAGAUUAAAAGUGCUCAAAGGGAUGGUAUACACGACACUAACAAACAAGCCCAGGCAGAAAACUCAAGGCAGAGGUUUUUAAAGCUGAUCCAGGACUACAGAAUUGUGGAUUCCAACUACAAGGAAGAGAAUAAAGAGCAAGCGAAAAGGCAGUAUAUGAUCAUCCAGCCAGAAGCUACCGAGGAUGAGGUUGAAGCUGCCAUAAGUGAUGUAGGGGGUCAACAAAUCUUCUCACAAGCGCUAUUGAACGCAAAUAGGCGCGGGGAAGCGAAAACUGCUCUCGCGGAAGUUCAGGCAAGGCACCAGGAGUUAUUGAAACUGGAAAAGUCAAUGGCUGAACUAACUCAACUGUUCAAUGACAUGGAAGAACUGGUAAUAGAACAGCAGGAAAAUGUCGACGUCAUUGACAAGAACGUUGAAGACGCUCAACUAGACGUCGAACAAGGUGUUGCACACACAGACAAAGCUGUAAAGAGCGCCAGAAGGGCAAGAAAAAACAAGAUCAGAUGUUGGUUGAUUGUCUUUGCAAUCAUCGUGGUAGUUGUCAUUGUUGUCGUGGUGCCAGCCGUUGUAAAAACACGUUGA